AGAAGAGAAGGAGGCUUCAAUGACCGACGACAUCAUUAUACUUAUAGACAUUUCAUGACGCGUAAUAAAUGUGAGGCUCUCUCAAGACCUGGCCCGGUGGAGGCUACGAUGAGGAAGAAAAAUCAUCAUGUCGAAACUUCGGCGGGCUUCAAGACCACCGCGUCAGCGGAGACACGACCGCUUGACACCAGGAAAACCGUUCGAGGAGGCCGAGACACAUAAACGGCCACUUGGCUACGGCAGUGCCCAAGUGCCGGUGAACCAUCCGCGUGACAGGAUCCACUCGAGGAUCCACAACCUCAUUGCAGUCGACGUGUGGCCAUUCAGUGGACCGAAAAUCAAAAAUCAAUCCUUCAGCCCUAAUAUUUCUUCGCGAUUCGCAGAGACGAAUCAAGUGUAUACAGAGAAUGCGGCGUCGUCAACAGAUGGAGAACAUCCCAACGGCUUAUCUGAUCGUGCGGUCCAUUCGGUACUACCCCAAUUUUUGCCCACACCGUCAAGAGACAAAUAUCUCCUCAGCUUUGGCCCCAUUGGCAUCUUCCAGCGCUGUCUGCAGCACGUCUCGAGGUUUUGGCGAUGA